CGAACCGUGAACCGUUGCCAAUUACGAUUUGAAGUUUUGAACAGAAGCUAAAACCGUCAAAAUUGAAAAACCGUUAUUGGACUGCCGAAUCGGCCGGGAAUCGAUUGGUCGAACCGAACCGUGACCCGGCCAGUUUUUAAAUUGUGUCAAAAACGGCUGCGUUUUGGUUGCUGAACCCUAACUCCUUAACUUCCCUAACCAUUACCCUCUCCUCUCCAAUCUCCAGAACGCGAAGCAGCACUCACCUGGACGGCUGGACCUCGAGCUUCCGGCGCAACUUCCGUCCAGCCACCGUCGCCGUCGCAACUUCCGUCUAGCCAACGUCAGCCAGCUCUGUUCGCGCAGCCACUUUCCAUCGCGCAGUAGCUCUGUUGAUCUUCGAAAACCGAAACCACCGCCAGCGCCACUUUCGGUCGCGCAGCCACUUCCCCCGGCGCCAGCUCUGUUCCAUACUUCCACCCCGUCAGCCACUGUCUUGCCUCUUGCCAGCCACUAUCCCCGCCAGCUCUGCUUUUUUCCAGGCUUCCAGCUUCUAGCCCUAGAACCUAAAUUCUCACUCUUACGCACGCCAACCGUUACGACUCUUCCGUCUUCCACUUCUUAACUCUCCCCUUCCAACAAGAACAACAACAACUAUCUCUACGCCGUCAUUUCUAAUCUGCUGCGCUGUGCACCAAUGUCGAUUGCCACUCAGCACGUUCUUCAGGUGAGGGACAAAAUCGAACUUUCCGACAUUGAGCGCAGGAUCUUCGAUAGGCUUCUCGCCACUGUCCGCCACUUCAACCUCCAAACUCAGGUCCGCGUCGCCGGCGGCUGGGUCCGUGACAAGCUCCUGGCGAAGGAUUGCUAUGACAUCGAUAUCGCUCUUGACAAUAUGAUGGGCACCGAGUUUGUCAACAAGGUGAAGGAGUACUUGGUGUCCAUCGGUGAAGGUAAAGAUGUUCAUGAUAAGGGCAAGAUUAAGCCCAACCCUCCCCGGUCUAAACAUUUGGAGACAGCAAUGAUGCGUUGGUUUGAUAUGAAGAUUGAUUUUGUUAACUUAAGGAGUGAAGAGUAUACUGAGAAUAGCCGCAUUCCUUCUAAGUUGGACUCACGUGAAUGUCUUGUCUUGUUAUCGAUGAAGCAAAGCUUUGGCACACCUGAAGUGGAUGCAUAUAGGAGGGAUUUGACAAUUAACAGCUUAUUCUACAAUAUCCACACUGACUCGGUUGAAGAUUUUACGAAGAGAGGUUAGAAUUGAUAUAUUGCCAAAACAAGGAUCUCAGACCUUAAGUCUGGAAGGAUAGUGACUCCUUUACCUCCAAAAGCUACCUUUCUUGAUGACCCUUUACGAGUUCUUCGAGCCAUUAGAUUUGGU